AUGGCCUACCUCUGGGUUUUCUCCUGCUUCGCCGUCAUCGGGGCCUCCUUUGGCUGUGGGGUCCCAGCCAUUCGUCCAGCUGUGUAUGGCAUACAGAGGAUCGUAAAUGGAAAGGAUGCUCGUCCUGGCUCCUGGCCCUGGCAGGUGUCUUUGCAGGACCACAGGGGCCUCCACUUCUGUGGGGGCUCCCUGAUCAACGAGAACUGGGUGAUCACUGCUGCUCACUGUGGUGUCAGCACAUCCCACCUGGUAGUGGCUGGAGUGUUUGACAAGAGCUCAGCUAUGGAGAAUGUCCAGGUCCUGAGGAUUGCUCAGGUUUUCAGUCACCCCUGGUUCAACAGACGCAGCAUGAACAACGAUAUCGCCCUGCUGAAGCUGGCCACGCCCGCCCGCUUCUCUGAGAUCGUGUCCCCUGUGUGCCUGCCCAGUGCUCAGGAUACCUUCCCUGUGGGGUCCCUGUGUGUCACCACAGGCUGGGGCAUUACCUAUCCCAACAUGUACCAGGGCCCUAACAAGCUGCAGCAGGCCACCCUGCCCCUCCUGUCCACUGCCCAGUGCAGGUACUACUGGGGCAGCAUGGUCACCAACCUCAUGGUCUGUGCCGGGGCCAGUGGCAUCUCCUCCUGCAAGGGCGACUCUGGCGGGCCCCUGGUCUGCCAGAAGAAUGGAGCCUGGAACCUGGUGGGAGUCGUGUCCUUUGGCAGCAGCACCUGCUCCACCUACAUGCCUGGCAGUUACAGCCGCGUCACCAAGCACAUGCCCUGGAUUCAGGAGAUCCUGGCUAAAAACUAAGUCCUGUUUCCUCCCAUCCCAACCUCUAGUGUCCCCA